CACAAAUAAAAAAGUUUGCGGACGUUUAAAGUGCACGUUGUAAUACUUAAGCGUACCACUUCAAAAUAGUCUGUCCUUUAUAAUGCUUAUAGCAUAGUUUUCCGGAUGUUAAGACGUCAUGUCAUAUUUAUCACCCGCAGAUUUCAGAAAAACAGUCGGGAAACUUGUUUGAAGAGGCAGUACAGGUGAAGUCCGAUAUACCAAAACGAUCGUAUAUACCAAGAGCCUUUUGAUCCAUUGGAAAAAAUGAAGUGAAAGUGUUUUCAAUAACUGGAAUUGAACGACUAUGGGAUGCUGGGAUCAGAAUACGUCCAAUAUUGAUUUAAAGGAUAUACAGGAGACCUCUAUUCCAGCCUACGGUUUCUUCGCUUUUGGAGUGUUAGGAAAUGUACUUGCUCUCUGCACAAUUUGCCUGAACCGCCAGCAACACCAAUGGCGCUCCUUCUACAUAUUUUUCUUGGGUUUGGCGAUGUCCGAUUGUCUAAACCAAGCGUUGGUGUUCCCUUUUGAGGUGUUAAGAUAUGAAUCCGAUUUUACUUACAGAAUUUCAGAUGACGAAUGCCAUUUCAUUUCAUUCUCUUACGCCUUUACCCAAAUUUCCUCCGGUCUCAUAAUUGCCGGAAUCACAACUGACCAGCAUAUGUCACUCAUAAUGGGCCGUCAACUGGAUACAAUGGUUGGAAAUCGCCGAAUCUAUGUUUUUGCUCUCUUCGCCAUGUGGGCUGUUGCAGCAUUUGUGUCGUCUAUUCAUUUAAUCUUUGGAGAGAGUGAAAUUUUUUAUCCGGGAUCUUGGUGCUUCAUUGACGUAUCAAGCGAAGAUUUUGGAAGCAGCGCCAGUGCUUUAGUGUAUUCACUCACUGGAAUCUUAACUCUUAUUUACACCGUGUCUUUACAUUUAUACAUCAUGUAUAGGUCACACAGAGACCCAGAGUUCCGCGGCCAUCUUGUGGACACCGACAGAAUCACGGGAUAUUACGAUAUUCACGUCAACAUUUUCUUGAUGACGUCAGUGACUUUUUAUGUUUUGUGUUGGGGACCAUUUCUUGUGGACAUUUUGUUACGAUCAGUCAACGUUGUCACUAGCUGCACAGGAAGACUGGAACUGUGGCUAGUCAGGCUUGUUGACUUCAAGUCCAACCUCAAUCCAAUUUCAAAAGUCGAAUGCAAUUUCAUGUCAUUCUCUUACGCCUUUACCCAAAUUUCCUCUGGGCUCAUAAUUGCCGGAAUCACAACAGAUCAGCAUAUAUCACAGAUCAUGGGCCGUCAACUGGAUACAAUGGAUGGAAAUCGCCGAAUCUAUGUUUUUGCUCUCUUUGCGUUGUUUGUUGUUGCGGCAUCUGUGUCGUCUAUUCAUUUAAUCUUUGGAGAUAGUGAAAUUUUUUAUCCGAGAUCUUGGUGCUUCAUCGAAGUAUCGGGGAGAGAUUUUGGAAGCAGCGCCACUGCUUUAGUGUAUUCACUUACUGGAAUCCUAACUCUUAUUUACACGGCUUUUUUACAUCUAUACAUUAUGUGCAAGUCAAACAGGGACCCAGAGCUCCGUGGGCAUCUUGUGGACACCGACAGAAUCACGGGAUAUUACGAUAUUCACGUUAACAUUUUCUUGAUGACGUCUUUGACUUUUUAUGUUUUGUGUUGGGGACCAUUUCUGGUGGACAUUUUGUUACGAUCAGUCAACGUUGUCACUAGCUGCACAGGAAGACUGGAACUGUGGCUAGUCAGGCUUGUUGACUUCAAGUCCAACCUCAACCCGUGGCUCUAUGUGAUACUACGAAAAGAGAAUCUGAGGAGAAUCGUCCGGAAGUUCAGAUCUUGCCGUGCUGGAAACAUUCAGGACGGGGAAGGUGAUGGGGAGAACGACCGACUUGUCAGUGACACACAUAUGUGAAACAAAAGUUUUAGAAAUUGGGCAAUACAGUCGCCUGUACCCCAAACAAACCAUCAAAUCAAUCUUGGGAAGCAAAAUAAAAUUUCUUCUCUGUUGGACAACUUAUCAUCGUUUAGAAGCCGUCAUACAACCAAAAGUACAAAUAACUUUUUUUUAGCACCAAACACCGUUCAGCAAUGCAUGAACUUUUACAACAAUAUUAUUUAGAAAGUUUAGGAAAACCCAAAAUAGGAUGCAAAGAAAAACACCAAAAAUCAUUGUAUUUGUAUGAAAUUAACCAAUUCCUAACCGCCAAGAUUAAUGCAAGAGGCCAAUUUUCUUCUAUAUCAAAUUAAUUCCUGGUUUCAUUUUUUUUUUCCAUCUUUUAUCUAUGAAAUAAAAUGGCUCUUUUGUAAAAA